AUAUCUCACCAUUCGUUGUGCAGCCCGUGCCUUUGGAGGUGACCGAAGGUUCUGUGGCCAGGUUCACCUGCCAGGUGACCUCUAACCCUCCUGCCACCAUCACCUGGGAGCUAGACCAAAGCACACUACCGUUGGAGACGGACAGAAUCACAGUCCUGCCCAACGGAGCUCUCCAGAUUCAAAACGUGCAACUAGAGGAUGCUGGGAAGUACCGUUGUGUGGCCACCAACAUCGGCAACCGCGUCAAGAGUAGAAAGGCAACGCUCUCCGUCAUCAACCAAGGUUCUGGCCCUAAACCGCGUCAGAGGCCCCGGAUCAUAGCGGGCCCCCAAAACAUGACUGCUUCCCUCCACUACACCGUGGUCCUGGAGUGUGUUGCUACGGGCAACCCCAGACCCAUCAUCUCGUGGAGCCGGGCCGACAGUAAACCCAUCGACGUGUUCAAUGCCAGGGUGCUGGGCAGUGGAAACCUGGUGAUCAGUGAUGUGAAGCCUCAGCACAGUGGAGUCUACCUCUGUAGAGCCACCACCCCAAGAACACGCAACUACACCAUCGCUACUGCCAACCUCACCGUGCUCGCAUCGACGCAUGCUUCAAAAUAUCUACAAACGGAGUACACAUUCGAGAAGUGCCCUCGCUUCGCAUACUUUGAUGUAGACUUGUACUUCCGCCCCUCCCGUACUCCCAAUUUGCGUCCUCGGAGCAGUGUAAGCCCCCAUCACUGGUGGAGAGACCCAGAGCCAGACCCGCCCCAGGGCUGGCACUGCCCGUCUCGUGUGCCAGGCUCAGGGGUGCCCCCGCCACGCAUCACCUGGCUGAAGAACGGAGAGGAGGUGCACCUGAACGGCAGGAUCAAGAUGUACAACAGUAAACUGGUGAUCACUCAGAUCACAACGGAGGAUGAUGCCAUCUACCAGUGUGUGGCUGGAGAGUCCAACAGGGCAGUGUUCUGUCCCUGGCACGCCUCAUCGUG